AGCGCCGGACCGCCGCGGGCCUGCGUCGGGGGGGCGGGGUGCCGGGGCGGGUCCGGACGUGACGACAGAAGGGGUGGGCGGAGACACAAGAUGGCGGCGGUGGUGCUGGCGGCUACACGGCUGCUGCGAGGCUCGCGCGCCUGGGGCCGCCCGCGGCUGAGGUUUGGAGCCCCUGUGUACAGACAGUUCAGCAGUGGUGGUGCCUAUCCCAGCAUCCCGCUCUCCUGUCCCUUACCGGGAGUGCCCACGCCCGUUUUUGCUUCAGUCGAUGGACAGGAAAAGUUUGAAACCAAAGUUACCACACUGGAGAACGGGCUUCGCGUGGCAUCCCAAAAUAAGUUCGGACAGUUUUGUACGGUAGGAAUUCUUAUUAAUUCAGGAUCAAGAUAUGAAGCGAAAUAUCUUAGUGGAAUUGCUCACUUUUUGGAAAAGUUGGCGUUUUCGUCCACCAGUCAAUUUGACAGCAAAGAUGAAAUCCUGCUUACCUUGGAAAAGCACGGGGGUAUUUGCGACUGCCAGACAUCCAGAGACACCACCAUGUAUGCUGUGUCUGCUGACUCUAAGGGCCUAGACACGGUGGUUGGCUUGCUGGCUGAUGUGGUCCUGCACCCCAGGCUAACAGAUGAAGAAAUUGAGAUGGCUCGAAUGGCUAUCCAGUUUGAGCUGGAGGACCUCAAUAUGCGGCCUGACCCAGAACCGCUUCUCACAGAGAUGAUUCAUGAGGCUGCUUAUAGGGAGAACACAGUUGGUCUCCACCGUUUCUGCCCCAUGGAAAACAUAGCAAAGAUUGACCGAGAGAUGCUGCAUUCCUACCUGCGCAACUACUACACCCCUGAGCGCAUGGUGCUGGCGGGGGUGGGGGUCGAGCACGACCUCCUGGUGGAAUGCGCCAGAAAGCACCUGGUGGGCACCCGGCCAGCCUGGGGAAGCCAGACAGCAGUGGAUGUCGAUCGGUCGGUAGCACAGUACACCGGAGGGAUCGUCAAGCUGGAAAGAGACAUGUCCAACGUCAGCCCGGGCCCUGCCCCGUUCCCCGAGCUCACACACAUCAUGAUCGGGCUGGAGAGCUGCUCCUUCCUGGAGGGAGAUUUCAUCCCCUUUGCUGUGCUGAACAUGAUGAUGGGCGGCGGCGGCUCGUUCUCUGCCGGUGGGCCUGGCAAGGGCAUGUUCACCAGGCUGUACCUCAAUGUGCUCAACAGGCACCACUGGAUGUACAACGCGACUGCCUACCACCACAGCUACGAGGACACGGGCCUCCUGUGUAUCCAUGCCAGCGCUGACCCUAGGCAGGUCCGGGAAAUGGUGGAGAUCAUCACGAAGGAGUUCAUUUCCAUGGCUGGAACCGUGGACGUGGUGGAGCUGGAGCGAGCCAAGACACAGCUGAUGUCCAUGCUCAUGAUGAACCUGGAGUCCAGGCCUGUCAUCUUCGAGGACGUGGGGCGGCAGGUGCUGGCGACCCGCUCCCGAAAGCUGCCCCACGAGCUGUGCGCGCUCAUCCGCGACGUGAAGCCAGAAGACAUCAGGAGGGUCGCUUCUAAGAUGCUGCGUGGGAAGCCCGCGGUGGCUGCGCUGGGUGACCUGGCCGACCUGCCGUCGUACGAGCACAUCCAGGCGGCACUGUCCAGCAGGGACGGGCGCCUGUCCAGGACCUACCGGUUCUUCCGGUAAAGGGACAGGAGCUGCAGAGCGUUUCUUUGGAGGUGAAUUCAGUGCACAGAUGCAAACGGAGCAAACUGGGGGACGCUUCUCUUAAACUUGAACGGACGUGCCGCGUUGCCUGUGCGUGCUCAGCCCCGCCUCCAGAACUGAGCAUGCGGUCAUGGAAUAAACGCCUGCCUCCGCCACCAGCUGAGGCGAGGUCAAGGGCAGAAGGGCUCAAAGCCAUGAACUCCGGGUAGUGUCAUACCUCUUUCAUGAGUCCAGCGGUCAGGGUGGGUAAGCACCAAAUGGUCUCUCAUCACCGAGGCCGGUGGGCCCAUCAGAGCCCUGCUUGGCUUCCGGACAGGCCCGUGCCACCCACACUGAGCCACCACUUCUUGUGACGGUGCCAGGGCAAGGCCAAGGCGCGUGGUCUGCUGACACUGUGGAGGAAGUGGCGGCUCUUGUCCCUCACCCUCGUUCAGGACGGUGCUGUUCAAGGCCCGUCUUCACUGGCAGCUUUCCUGAAACCAGGUGCAGAAGUGGCCACAGACCUUUGCCCCUGCGCCCCUUCAGUUUGACACCGUGUUACGAAGCCCCUUGCCCUUCAUUGAAGGAUGCAUUCUGAUUUCAGAGGUAUCGGGACAUGCGGGGUGCAAGGGUGUUCCUGGAAUAGGUGGUCGGCGGUCACGUUUUUCAAAGAUGGGAACACAGGAGCUGUGGGCUCUGCAGGGGCGUGUGGCUGUUACAGAAGCAAAAGGUCAGGUGACUUGGGUCAAACAGGAGAAUUCAUGGUUCUCAGACUCAGACACUCGCAGAGCCCCCAGGUUCUGUGUGGGAGGGCCUGGGAACCGCCUGCAUGCUGCCAUGGCUCAGGGGGCUGCACAGAUUGAGAACACUGGUCCCCGCAUCAUUUUUCUGAAACCCUGAGAAGCCCAGCCUCUGCAGUUCGGACGGGAGGGAGGCUUGUUGUAAGGAAGUCAAAUAAACGUGUACACGUUAGUGCUA